CGCUCCGCGCCUCCACUAGCCUAGCCCCCCCCCCCCCCACCAGCCCUGCCACCGCCGACUCCUGCCGGUAGCCCUCCUCCCACCUUGCCCCUCCCCUCCCCUGUUGACCAUGGCUUCCCCUGGCGGCAGCUCCGGCAAUCUCGAGCUCGUCUCCGCCAGCUCGUGCCGCUGGCUGGACUCCAACAGCGAGUCCUCUGCGAGAUCCUACGGCGAGGUCGCUCGGACGCCUCCGCCCACCCCAGGCCAGCCUCCCUCCCUCUAGCGGCGCAUGACCCUGUCGCGCCUCCCCCGCGUGCCCCAGCCGCCACCCACCUCGGGCCUCGCAGCGAGGUCCACCGCAUCCAUGGAGGCACGAAGGUCGACGCGGACGGCUUCAAGGCCCCCCGCCGCAGGAAUCGCCGCCGGGGUGCGCGCCGCGACACCGCCCCGUCGACCGCCAAUGGCGUCACCAUCGAUGCCGGAUGGUGCCAUCCCUAACGUCGUACGGUCGUGGCGGAGCCGCCACCGAGGCUGACCUGUGCUUGCAAGACCCCUGGCCUGCUGCAGGUAGGCCCAACAACUCUCGUCGCUUUUCCAAAAGGGGAAAGCGUCGGGGAAAGAAAAGAAGGGCGACAGGUGCGGCCAGCGCCAAGCCUGCCCCCUUGCGCCACCGUCGCCCACCCGCCCUGAAGCCCGUGACCCGACGCCUGCCAGAACGCCGACUGGCCUACGCCUAUUGGCUGCGCCCUCCGCCAACCUGCUCCAACCAGACCACCCUUGUCGCCUUCUGCACAUGGGGCGGGUCACACAAUGACGGAGCCAGAUGAUUCAAGCUCUGGCAUGCAUGGAGAACGGGACGGCUCCGCGGACCGCCAAUCGCUUGAUAGCGAGGUACCGGACUCCCAGUCUUCGGUGCCUACAACCGAUCUGCUGUCGGGGCAAAGCAGCGCUUUGUCGCUGUCCCCCCUGACGCCGCUGCGCCCACUGCUGACCAGUCCACGGAGCGCCACCCAGGGCUGGUGCCCUCCGUGUUGACAGCUGGACCAGACCAGGAGCUUCGGGAGGCUUCGGCGCAUGGCUCGCCAUGUAGGGACACGACCCUGGCUCCCACCGUGGCCCAGCCAGCCCCCGAGGGCCAGUCACCCCCUGAGGCCCAUCAUGAGGCCCAACAUGGAGACAUGCACGCGGCGCAUGCUGCUGAGUCCACCAACGCCACAUCGCCGUGCCCGGCCACGUGUUUCGCGUCCCCUCCAAUCACCAUGCGCCGCUCCCGCCCACGCGCGCUGGCACCGACGACAUGGACACUUGGGGACUUCCUCGCCACUUCCACCAAGCAGAUCGAUGCUGCCCUUCCACCCCCGGCGGGCGCCCGCGGCGUGUACCACCCAACUUGAUCUGGAACAUGCGUGGCCUCAAUGCGCGCCGCAUGGAAGCUCACCUGGAAGAACUGGGCGCCUCCGCGCGUCCAUUUCUUCCAUUGGCUCGCCCGCUUCGACCGGUGCUGGACGGCAAACCGCCUCGCCCGCCGCGGCCUACAGCACCCGGCGCGAUGCCCCCUCUGUGACCAGGCCCCCGAGACCAUGCACCACCUCAUCCUCGCCUGUCCCUUCGCCCGGCAGAUCUGGUACGAGGUGCUGCACUGGCUCCGGCUCUCCUGCGCCCUGCCUGACAGUGAGUCCUCACUUAAUGACUGGUGGCAAACGGCGCGGCAGCUCACUCCGAAACCCAUGCGCAAGAGCCUCGCCUCCGCGACCCUCCUCAUCCCAUGGAUGAUUUGGAAACACCGUAACGAUUGCGCCUUCAACUGUGGACGGCCCUCGGCGAAUGACCUGCUUACGAAGAUCAAGGACGAGGCCGCCCUCUGGGCCAGAGCAGGCGCUCUAGGGCUUCGCGCCAUCGUACCACAAACAUGGGACGUUCACUGAUGUGCUCAUGAGCGUUGUAACUGCCUCCUAGGAGGAAUGUAACCGAAACUCUCUUUAUUUCCAAAGCAAUGAAAUGCAAGCUCUCUUGUGUUUUCUCGAAAAAAAGCAGUGCUUCCAUAUUGACCACACAAUCGAACGGCUUUUUAUGUGGGUGCCUAGGCUAAAUGGAACCAUCAUACCUCUCAAAUGCCUAUACUUGUUAAUUCGAAUCUUGAAAACUCAAAGGCCUCAUGUUCACUUGAAACUAACUUUAUGCUAACUGCUAUUUUGAUAUUUUAUUAUUUGGUUU